CAUUUUAUUUUAAUCAGUUAAUUGUAUGUACCACAAUGGAAAGAGACUUAAAGAACAAAGUCGUGGUGAUUACUGGAGGAGCUCAGGGCAUAGGUCAUGCCAUUGCGAUUAAGUUCCUAACGCAAUCUGCCAAAGUCAUUAUUUUAGACUUAAACGAACGAAAAGGCAACGAAGUAGUGAAGACGCUUGCAGCUAAAUUCGGUGACGAUCGUGUAGCGUUCAUAAAAUGUGACGUGACUAAGGAUCUAGACGAAGUAUCUAGCAAGAUAUUCAAGGAUUACAAACAUAUCGAUGUCCUCGUCAAUAAUGCUGGAAUCGCUAACGAGUUGGACUUACGAGCCAUACUUGAAGUUAACACCAUAGCUGUUAUAGAAUGGACAAUGAAAUUCAGAGAGCAUAUGAGAACAGACAAAGGUGGUAAAGGAGGUACCAUAAUCAACAUGUCGUCCCUUUAUGGCUACGUGUGUGAUGCUUUUCUACCUUUUUAUAAAGCAUCAAAGCACGCCGUGCUGGGCUUCACGAAGACUAUAGGUCAUGAACGUAAUUACAGUAUGACUGGUGUGAGAGUUGUGGCAAUAUGCCCUGGGUACACAAAAUCUCAGUUGACAGAUAACAUCAAGAACAAAGAUGUAAAGAUACCUGAAGAAGACAAGGAAGAUUAUGCGGAAUAUGUUAAAACUAUGCUGUGGCAAGAAGUAGAUGUUGUUGGUAAUGCAACUGAAGAAGUAUUUCGAGUAGCUGAUAGUGGAUCAUCAUGGGCUGUUAUUGGUGGACAGCCGAUUGAAAAGGUUCCUUAUACAUAUCUAUAAAACAUAAAAUAGGUAUCUUGAAUCAAUAAACACAUUGACUAGUAAUUAAUGAACUCCACUGGUUUAUGUAGUUAACUAAGUGUAAAUAGAUCGUACCUAUUUAAUUUAAGUGGUAUUAUCUGUUUAUUAAAUACGUUUGAAUAAAAUAAAUAUCUUUAAAACUUAACCGACA